CGAAGGUUACGUAUGCAUUGUUUGUUGGUCCGCUCACUUUAUUACUUCACGUCACGUCGCUCUGCUUCUCUCUCAAGAACAUCCGACCUCUCUCUUCAACCAAGCUCUAUCGUUGAACAGCUCUGCUUACCUCGAGAGACUUGUUAGCUUCGCCAGCUGCAACAAUGGCUGCAAAUCAGUACUACGGAGGCCAAGGAGGCUACGAACAACAAGGCGGAUAUGGAGGAGGCUAUGGCGGCGGAGGUGGCAACCACAGUGGUGGAGGCGGCAACUAUGGUGGCGGAUACGGCGACAACAGACCUCCUCCACCACAAGAUGUGCCUUACCCAUGGAGAGCAGAGUGGGAUGCCAGAGACGGCCGCUACAUCUUCGUCAACCCAGAGAACGGCGAGCGAACUUUCGAAUUUCCUCGUAGAAGCGGAGGACAUAAUGCAGGACCAGGACCAGCGUAUGAUGGAGGCUAUGGUGGCGGACCCCACGGCGGCCCAUCAGGCCCCGGCGGCUACGAGCGUCCAGGCCCCCAAUACCAACAACACCAAGGCGGCAGCGGCUACCCAAUGGGUCCCCAAGGUGGCUCUUCACACCACGAAGAAGAAGAGCACAAGAAGAAAUCCGGCCACGGCUGGCUAGGCAUGGCAGCAGCCGCAGCCGCAGGUAUUGCCGGCGGAGCUCUUCUCAUGCACGAAGGCGAGAAAGUCAAAGAAGACUGGGAAGAAGAUAAAUACUCCGCCGAAAACAAAUUCAACGAAUUUGGUCGAGAUGUCGAAAACGCGCCGGAGAAUGUUGCAGGUUGGACGGGAGAGAAAGUGGGUGAGAUGGAGGAGUUUCCGGAUAGAGUGGAAAGAAGGUGGGAUGAUGCUGUGGAUGAUGUGGAAGAUGUGCCUGAGCGGGUUGAGAGGAAGUGGGAUAAUGCGGUUGAUGAUGUGGAAGAUGCUCCGGAGCGUGUAGCGGGUUGGAUGGGAGAUAAAGUAGGCGAGGUGGAGGGUUAUGGAGAUCGUAUUGACGAUGCUUAUGAUCAAGGAAGAGCUGAGGGACGGUAUGAUGGGGAAUACGGAGAUGGUGGCAGAGACGAUGACAGAUGGUAAAGUGGUCGUUCAAAGCCGGAUGAUCUCUACGAAUCCUAUGAGCACGGCAAUGGAGGAAAGUUCGGAAAGCGAGGUAUACCUAUUCCCCUUCAGACAUUUGCGAUCGAAAAUGGAAUGUCAAUUCUCUCUUCAACGACGCUACUCAAGGGUAGAGAAUGGCAGCAAUAGAA